UGCCACCAGUGUCGGCGUCGAUGCCGAUGCCUAUGCCUAUGCCUAUGCCGAUGCUGGCAGCCAGCAGAUUUAGCAACAUUACGGCAGGGCUGUCGACGUCGCAGAUCGACAGCUUGCGGAAGCAGUCGCGGCAGCUCGAAGACAGCAUGCGGCUGCUCAAGCACAUUGGCGAUGCUGAGCGGACGGUCGGGGGCAAGGUGGCGCUGGAGGUCGUGUACUACCUCGAGGCCCUGACAUGCGGCAUGGAGGACUUUUGGAUCCGGCGGGCGUUCACCUCGUCGGCGGACACGCUCAAGAACCUACUGACGAUGCGGAACAUCUGCGAGUACGUGUACAAGAAGUGCGACAGCCAAAAUUUCCUCAUUAUUCGCGGGUGCGCGGCGAUGAUCUCGGCGUGCGUGUACUACCAGCUGACGUCGAUAUCGUUCGAGCUGGCACGGGAGGCGCAGGACGCUGACGGCGUCAGCAAAGCGGUUGGCGACGCGUCGCAGUACUUUAGCGAGAUGGAUGCAUACGAUCAGUGGAGCUGCCGGCUGCUGGGCGCAGCCACGAUCUCGCAGCAGCUGCCGCAGCUCUGGCAGCGGUGUCAGGAAAGCAGCGGGCGGUUGGGCGCGUUUGAGGUGCGUUCGGAUCUGUACACCGAGAACUGGCCGUCGGUCGCGUACCCGGUGGGCGCGUCGUCGAAUCCGCUCGACGUGGCAAGCUUUGUGCGGCAGGUCGGGCGCGAGUGGCUGGGCCGGGCGGGGCUGGCGCUGCGCAUACAGGGCCACUGAUGGAGUGCGCGGGGUUUGCGUUAAUAUUAUAUGGUAAAUAUAUAUGGUGAUGCGAGUCACUUUUUAAUUUUAGUAUUGGCAUUUUGCAGUGUUUCGAAGGCGGGCAGUUGAACACGCAUACAUGCUUUAAAAUUUUUUAUCGUAAACAGAAAAAUAAAACAAGGCUUGG